CUGAGUGGUAUCCUAGCUGGACUUCCGACCUUUGCCGGUCCCCAACGUCUCGCCACUUCCCUCAGACAGAAGUUUGCCGAUAACUCGGGUUACCCCUGGCUCGGCCUGAUGCGCGUCGUCUUACUAGCUGUUGUAACUUGUCAUCAAUCCGAUUGUUAUCAAACAACAACAACAAUCAAUACAACAGCGACUUCAUCAUUAUUGUUGUCAUCGUUAUCAUCACCAUCACUAUUAUCGCCAUCUCCAUCGUCAUCAACAGCAACAACAUCAACGACAACAGCAAAUACAGCUACAGGAACAUCAAAACUUUUCCAGCCAUCGACAGCGGCUGCAUCAGCGUAAUGAGCGUUCACCGGAGAUAAAUAUAAACUUCUAAACUUUGAAGUAGCUAUUGCCACUUGAAAGUCGAAAAUUUUCGAUCAUUACAAAUAAACAGUCGAAGGUUCAAUUUUUACAAGGAAGUGCAUUCGAAAGAUAUUGCAGAAAAGAAAAAGGAGACAAAUUUUUGUAACUUUGGUACCAUAUUGAGAGAUGCUGGUAAACGCAACAGCUUGAAGUAGCAAAGAAAUAAAAGUACAAGAGAAAAAGUCAAGAUUAUAUAGAAAAAGGUUAAAAAGUUAAGCAAUCAUGGCUGCCAUUGGUUCGAUAAAAGUGCCCGUGCUGAAUCUGGAGUUGCGCGAAGUAAAGGACAUAGUAUGGGAGAAGACCCAAGAGCCACAGGCGCAGCGAAAGCUCAUUUUGGUCAUCGUGUGCAUCGCUCUGCUGCUGGACAAUAUGCUCUACAUGGUGAUCGUGCCGAUCAUCCCGGACUACCUGCAGUACAUAGGGACGUUCUCGGACGACCCUCCGCCAGUGGGCACAAACGGCACGACCGUUCCCCACCACCAUCACGGACAGGACUCGGCGACGGGGAUCCUGUUCGCCUCGAAGGCCAUCGUCCAGCUGAUGAUCAAUCCGUUCUCCGGGGCCCUGAUCGAUCGGAUCGGCUACGACAUUCCCAUGAUGAUCGGGCUCUGCAUAAUGUUCCUCUCGACGGCUGUGUUCGCCUGCGGCCGCAGCUACGGGGUGCUGUUCUUCGCCAGGAGCCUGCAGGGGGUGGGGUCGGCGUUCGCCGACACUUCGGGACUGGCCAUGAUCGCCGACCGCUUCACCGAGGAGAACGAGCGCUCCAAGGCCCUCGGCAUUGCCCUGGCCUUCAUCAGCUUCGGCUGCCUCGUGGCUCCGCCCUUCGGCGGAGCUCUCUACCAGUUCGCUGGCAAAGAGGUGCCUUUCCUCAUCCUGGCCUUCGUGAGUUUGGCCGACGGCUUCAUGCUGCUGCUCGUCAUGAAGCCCUUCAAGGAGCAGCUCAAGGAGAGCCGCCAAGAAACUGGACCAACGAUUCCAAUAUGGCGCCUCUUUAUCGAUCCGUACAUCGCCGUGUGCGCAGGUGCGCUCAUGAUGUCCAACGUGGCGCUGGCUUUUCUCGAGCCCACCAUAUCGCUCUGGAUGGAGGACCACAUAACCCACGACAACUGGAAAAUGGGCAUGAUCUGGCUUCCCGCUUUUUUCCCCCACGUCUUCGGAGUGGCCAUCACGGUGAAAAUGGCUAAGCAGUACCCGCAGCACCAGUGGCUCAUGGCAGCGGGUGGUUUGGCGCUCGAAGGUCUCUGCUGCUUCAUCAUUCCCUUCUCGACCUCUUACAAAUUCCUCAUGAUUCCGAUCUGCGGCAUUUGCUUCGGCAUCGCCCUCAUCGACACGGCCUUGCUUCCAACGCUCGGCUACCUCGUCGACGUGCGCUACGUUUCGGUUUACGGCAGCAUCUACGCGAUCGCCGACAUCAGUUACAGUUUGGCUUACGCCAUUGGACCCAUCAUAGCCGGAGGAGUCGUGGAAGCCAUCGGCUUCACUGCCCUCAACGUAUUCAUAGCCAUAAGUAAUCUCGCCUACGCUCCGGUUCUCAUGUACUUGCGCAACAUCUACGACUUCAAACCCUUCCAAGACGAAGCGAACAUCCUCAUGCAGGAUCCACCCAACAAGGAGUAUCAAACCUACGUGCUGCAAGAGCAGAGGCCGACAACCGGAGACGUUGGCAAUCAUCUCACUUCGCAGGCAAGGAUAGAGACCAACGUCGACCAAAAUAUCGAACCCAACUAUCAGAACUACGGCGACCAAAGCUACCAGUAUCAAGGUCAAAAUCAGCCGAAUCAGGCUCAGAACUACAAUACGCAAUAUCAGCAAGACGCUACUAGCUAUAAUCAGAGCCAGCAAGAUGCUUCGUACUCGCGAUCGUCUUAUCAACCGCAGCAGUCCAUCUCCAGCGCCGGUCAUCCAAAUCCAUUCAGAAAUCAAGCUAACGAGCAGCAGACGAGUGAAACCGUCAAUCCUUUCCGUACAGGGAUGUACUAAUUUUUAAGCUCGCCUUAAAGCGACUUGCGCAUUCGAAACGACAAAUAAUCAGUAAUGUUAUAACGUAGUCGGUGUGAUCGUGCUCGAUAAUUCAAGAUUCAUAUUUUCGUGGCAGGCUUCCAGUGAUGAAAAUUUUAUCAACACAGUAGUUAUCUUCGAAUCUUCGAGUGCGGAGUAUCGGUGCGAGAAAAUACUAGUCAUUUAAAAAAAUCGUUUGGACUGAGCUCAGGAGUCAGAAAAUUAUAGAAUAUUAUCGUUGCUACUGUCAAGAAAAUCGUUACAGUUUUGUUAAUCUAUGAAAGGCAAUUUCCUAAAAAUUUAUUGCCAAGUGAAAUUCUACACUUUUAUUACUCAGUAUACCGAAAAUAUUUGAUAAGUUAUUCAAAGUAUAUUUGAAGAACUCUAAAAAAAUAGUUAUGCCAUUUGUGUCGAAUAUUGAAAGUGUGUGCGUACAAGAGUGUGGGUGAGUGUGUGAAUGAUGUAAGAGGUAAAAUAUAUCGAUUAUCGGAAAAUAAAAGAUGAAAAGUGUGUCAUGUGCUAAAAUGUGCUUGAAAUAAUAUAAAACUACAUUCAAUGAAGGAUUUCUUUUACUUCUUUUAUGGCGUAAGUAUUAACAGUGUGAACUUGAGUUAAAAUUCAAUUUUACAUUUUUUCUAUUUGAUUGCAAUCGGUGAAAUUUAUUUAUUCCAAAUUAAAGCUCACACCAUAAAACGGGUUCAAGAGUCACUUUUAUACAUGCUUUUGAAAACAGUUACUUGGCACAUAAAAAUAUACAAAAUAAUUACCAUUAAUGAGUAAACUGAAUACUACUAAAAUACCGCUAUUAUAAGACUUGCACUCUAGAUUAUAAAUGUAAUGUAUGUAUUGUUUACUAAGUGUUUCUUCUCGAUCAUGAAACAUUGGUAAAAAAUGUAUAUAAAAUUUUUUAUUUAAAUAUAUUUACAAUUUAGUUCGACAUUCUUGCUGAACCAAGAUAACAUAUCAAGGAACGCGAUUUAUCGUGAUUUCCAAACGUAGUAUAAGGAUAAAUUAACUUAAGUGAGUAUCAUAAGUAAAUAUAAGUCAUUUCGUCUAGAACAAUAAGUCGGAUAACAUCGAGUUGGUGUUUAGUUUCAUUUUGUGGUACUAAGUCAAUUCAUUAGUAAUCAUUUAGUAAUGUAAAUUCCAAUUGUUUUUGUUGAAUAACACCGUUAUUACUAUUUAGAAUUUAUUAAAACAAGUGUUAAACAUAAAAUUUGAAUAUUCUACUUCAAACUUUAAAAUGUUAGAGACAAAUAUAGAAGUUGAAUAAUUUCAAUGCAGUCGCUUGAUUGCGAUAAAAAAAAGUUUUACAGUAUACACUGAAUAAUAAGUUGUUACUCUAGAAUAAAUCAGUCUAUGCUUACUGCUCAUAUGCAUGCAGUCGUGCUCAUAAUUAACAACAUGUCUAUAUUAAUGCUACUACAUAAACCAACAAGAAAUCGAAGAUUUAUUUUUAUGAAAUUUUCAAAUUUUUAUUUAGUCUUGAAAAAUUUUCGAGGCGCGGAGAUCAAAAAAUAAAUAUUUUACACACGAAAUAAAUAUUUUACAUAAUGAAGUGCUCUGUUUAACGCGCAGAACUAGGAACUAGGAGCUGGUCUCUCGUGAUUUUUAAAUAAUUAUUUUCUUUAAUUCUUCCACGAUGGAAGGUCUUCAUAAAGCUUAGAGCUUUAAUUAUAUGUUGGAGCAUAUAAUUUUUUAUUGGAAAUGUUAUAUUUACUAUUGGAAAAUGCUCAACACAAUACAUAUGCAAUAUACACACAAGAACAAAAUACGCAUUGAUAUAUGCUACUGUAUGUGUAGCGUUGAGAGCUUGCUAAUAAUCAUGAACGAACAUUGUAUGUACAAACUAUUACAUUAAAAAAAACACAAAGAAAUCAUUCAAAGCUGCUAUUUAACUUCCGAUUUAUUGUACAUAUAAAAACGAUAAAAUUCAAAAUUAGGAAUAUGAAUUAUGUUUUUAAAAUCGUUAGAUACUUAAAUGAUGGGAUAUAAAAAUUAUAUUAUUCGAUAAAUUGACCAUUUAAGUCCUUUUUUCAAUGACUAUUAAUAACCGUUUGGUUCUAAUAUAUAUAAGAUACAAAAAAAUUAAUACCGCUCCUAUGGCAUAUUUUUUUAUUUCUGAACACCAAACACACUUACGUGUAAAUGAAUUUGUACGGAUAUAAGUUCUGCCUUAACCUUAUCAAAUGUUCGUUGCGAUUUCUUCUAUUAACACCUUACCUCUGAAAAAUAAAAAAAUUGUAAAAAAAUCCUGAAAUAAAAUUCACGUACAUUUAUAAAUUUAAGUUUUGAAUAUU